AUGGCAGCCAACAGUAAAGGCGUCCCCUUGGCCUACUUUGAGCCACCCGACAGCCUCUUAGAGAUGGACAAUGAAGAUUUUUAUGGCCUUCUAGCCAUUGGGGUCCUAGCCAGUGUGUCAGUUAUCUUCACAUUUACGUGUCUCAGCUUCCUCACAUGGCGCAUGAUCAACUGGCGUUCUCACUAUACCAGUGCUGUCACACGCAACCAGUCGGUAGUUCUUAUAUAUCAGCUCAUUCUUGCCGACUUCUUUCAAUCCUUAGGGUUUAUAAUUUCCUUCCACUGGGCUUCGAGCCGUCGUAUUAUCGGACCUAACGGGGCCUGCUUCGCCCAGGGAAUGCUCAUCCAAUUUGGCGAUGUUUCUAGUGCAUGCUUUGUGCUAGCAAUUGCCGCGCAUACCACCUACCAAGUCGUGUUAUCUCGAAUAGUAUCAUACCAGAACUUCAUUUGUUCUAUUAUAGGUAUCUGGGCCUUCGCGGUGGUUCUAGCUUGUCUCGCCCCCCUCACCGCUGGACGCUACGUAUUUUUACGUGCUGGAAUGUGGUGCUGGAUCUCUUCAGAAAACGAGAGACUCCGUCUUCUGCUUCACUACCUUUGGAUUUUCAUUGUCCAGUUCGGUUCUAUCGUUAUAUACAUUACAGGAUUCUGCUACCUUUUCCGUUCGAAACGACCCCAAGCAAUCGGCAUUAACAAAGGAAGCGAUAAAGCUAUCAGAAAAGCCGCGAUCUCAAUGCUUGCGUACGCCCUAGCUUAUACUAUUCUUACUCUCCCUCUAGCAGCCGGGCGAAUGGCUGCUAUGACGUCUGACACACUCCCGAAAAACUACUACCUUAUCGCCGGUGGAUUGUUUACAUCCUGCGGAUGGGUCGACACAGUUUUAUAUACGAUAACGCGUCGGUCGCUCUUAUUCAAAGAGCUCGAUGCCUACAAUGGUGACGCUUCAAGAUAUGGACGUUCAGAUCGACAGGCCCGAAGGCAAGGUAGCGCGGAGAGUAUCCUUGUAGGGGACGGAUUUAGUCGUGGCGGAAUCAUGAUGGACCGGACAGUUCACGUCGAACUUGAUGACGUCUCGAGCAAAACAAGCAUUGAGUACGAAAGAAAAGGAUAUACUGUCUCCGCCAAGGCGUACGCCAAGUAG